GGGAGGGCGGCGAGAAUGCCUCGACAACCGUUCUCGCUAUGAGCUUUAGCAACUUGCCCCCGUCCAGUGGCAGAGGAUCACACGCAGAUGGUGCCUCCGGGAGGUCGAUGCCGCCGUUUCCGGGGUCGUCGUCGUUUACCGCGAACAACCCCAGCAAGGGGAUACACCCAAACCUGACGCUCAAGCGGAGUGUCCAAUCUUUCGAUGAAUCACUAGACAAUAAAAAACCGCUUCCGUUUUCGUACGCCAGUAAAGUCAAACUCAGAGAAAAAUACCUUAUUGUUGGUUUUAUCAGUAGUGGUACCUAUGGUCGAGUCUACAAAGCCAAAGGUAGAGACGGCGUGGGCGGGGAUUUUGCUAUUAAAAAGUUUAAACCGGAUAAAGAAGGGGAAAAAGUAGAAUAUACUGGCCUUUCCCAGUCGGCCAUUCGAGAAAUAUCUCUUUGUACCGAGCUGAACCACCCGAAUGUCGUGCGCUUGGUGGAAACAAUCCUUGAGGAUAAGUGCGUUUAUAUGGUCUUCGAAUACACUGAGCAUGACCUCUUACAAAUCAUUCACCACCACACCCAACCUCAACGCCACGCUAUUCCCGCUCCGAUGGUGAAAUCGAUCCUCUUUCAGCUGUUAAACGGGCUUCUCUAUCUCCACUCUCAAUGGGUUAUGCACCGCGAUCUAAAGCCUGCGAAUAUUCUAGUUACUUCUAAAGGUGCCGUUAGGAUAGGUGAUCUUGGUCUCGCUCGGGUGUUCAAGAAGCCACUCAAUUCUCUUUUCUCCGGGGACAAGGUUGUGGUGACCAUCUGGUACCGGGCGCCUGAAUUGCUACUCGGAGCGCGACACUACACAACAGCCGUAGACCUUUGGGCUGUUGGCUGUAUAUUCGCAGAGCUGCUAUCUUUGCGACCCAUAUUCAAAGGCGAGGAAGCAAAGAUGGACAGCAAGAAAACGGUUCCUUUCCAGCGAAAUCAGAUGCUGAAAAUUAUCGAAAUUUUGGGUCUACCAAAGAAGGAGAAGUGGCCGGGAUUGAGCUCGAUGCCGGAAUUUCCUCAACUCCAAGCCAUGGCAAUGGCGCCUGGAUCUGGUCAUUUGCAUAAGCCGUCCAAUCUGGAACAUUGGUAUCACGUCUGCCUCAAGAGUGGUGGCUACUCGGGCAGCUCUCCUGCUGGAAGUCCAGGAAAAGAAGGAUUUGACCUUCUCUCGCGAUUGCUCGAGUACGAUCCGGAGAAGCGAAUCUCUGCGAAGGAAGCCCUAAAUCACCCGUAUUUUACAACCGGUACCCCUGUGGCCAAAAAUUGCUUUGAAGGAUUUGAGGGCAAAUACCCGAACCGUCGGGUUAGCCAGGACGAUAAUGACAUCAGGAGUGGCAGCCUACCAGGAACUAAAAGGAGCGGCCUGCCCGAUGAUACUUUAACCAGCAGAGCAGCAAAGCGAGCAAGAGAGAUGUAGCUUUUUUGACAUGAUUGGAGUUUUAAAGCGGAGCGAACAUGAACUUGUUUACCGGUUUUAUUAUGAAGCAUGGGUGGUGUUUGCGAUCCGGGACUUUUUAAAUCCUUUCAUAGUAUUUCUACACGUUGAUAGAGACUACUCCGUACUCUAUACUUCCGGAAUAUCCUCCCUGUUCCGGCUUAGCGCAUUCUUUUGGUCUAUUGGUAUAUAUAAAGGG